CGACGAGGGAAGUCUCUAUUUGAGAGGACCCAGGAUCCUCGCCACAAGAAUAACUUUCGCCGGGGCCAGGGUCAGGGUCAGGCUGACGCAAACGGAGAGGACUCGAACAUGGAGACGGGUGCCGAAGGCGAGGAUGUUGACAUGGCAGGCAAGCGCGAGCCUCCGAACCCAGACGAGACUGUUUGCAAAUACAACCUUCACUGCACCAACAAGGACUGCAAAUUUGCGCAUCAGUCUCCAGCAGCGCCCCCCGGAGUUUCUGUCGAUGUCAACGAUGUUUGCAGCUUCGGCGCCGCCUGCAAGAACCGCAAAUGCGUCGGACGUCAUCCCUCACCAGCCGCAAGACUUGCCCACCAGAGCGAACAGGACUGCAAGUUCUUCCCCAACUGUCAAAACCCUCGAUGCCCGUUCAAGCACCCCUCAAUGCCUCUCUGCCGCAACGGUGCGGACUGCUCUACACCCAACUGCAAAUUUACACACGUCACGACAAAGUGCAAAUACACCCCUUGUCUAAAUCCCACCUGCCCCUUUGCCCACGAGGAAGGCCAGCAAGGAGGCUUCAAGGACAAGGUCUGGACACCAGGCCAGGGACAGGAGCAUGUCAGCGAGAGAAAAUUUGUGGAUGAGAAUGCUGAAGAGCAGCUGAUUAAGCCGGAGACGGAAAACAAGGAAGAGAUGGUCCAGGAUCAAGAAAUUAUUGGUUAAAAGGAGGUCAUGGGAGGGUUAAAACAAAAAAGAAAAAACCAAACAAAGGAUGAGAAACUUCUCUGAAUACCAGGCAUCGCCCAAGUGAUGCUUUUUUUCUACUUCGGUUGCUAUAAAAGACGGCCGCUAUAGCCCCCUGUAUGACUUUUUGACUUUGGGCUUGGAGGACCUGUACGAUUAUGCUGGACGUAUAUGUUUCUUGUCACGUUGGCAGGGCAUGGAAAGGCGUUUUUGGACUGGGAGACAAAUGGGUUUUUACGUGCGUGGAGAUUUAUCACAAAGUUUUAUACACGCCCUUGGUUGGCAUUCUGAGGUAGCGGCUGGUUAUUUUUCGGCCGUGGGCUCGAAACCACGAGAGCCUUGGUAGCGACGGAUAAUACCAGAUACUUGUUUCUUUUCUGUCGCUGUUUAGAAUGGAUGUUCCAAACCU